CGUGUUCUGCAACUACCAGGACGACCUCAAGACCUUCCGCUUCCCGCCUUCUCAGCACAUCCCAUCACAUGAAUAUCCACCAAUGGCCGCCUUAUUGGCUAAAUAUGGUGUAUGACGGGCAGACAGAUUAUCCAAUGGACAUAGCGCGUCGAGAAACGCCUACAUGACAUAGCCAAUCAGAUCAGAGAGCUCCUAAAUUGGCAGAAAAGUACUGUGUGUGUCACCUUGCUACAGGAGAUAUGUUGAGAGCCAUGGUGGCUUCUGGAUCGGAGUUGGGGAAACGCUUGAAAGCUACAAUGGAUGCUGGAAAACUGGUCAGUGAUGAAAUGGUGGUAGAACUGAUUGAAAAGAAUCUUGAUACACCACCUUGUAAAAAGGGAUUUCUGCUAGAUGGAUUUCCUCGCACUGUCAAGCAAGCAGAGAUGCUUGAUGAUCUUCUGGAAAAACGACAAGAAAAGCUGGAUUCAGUCAUUGAGUUUAGUGUGGAUGACUCUUUGCUUGUGCGUAGAAUCUGCGGGAGAUUGAUCCAUGCAUCAAGUGGACGGUCAUACCAUGAGGAAUUUAAUCCUCCUAAAGAGCACAUGAAGGAUGAUGUGACUGGUGAACCACUGAUCAGGCGCUCUGAUGACAAUGAGGCUACUCUGAAAUCGCGACUGGAGGCCUAUCACACCAUGACUGCACCAUUGGUAGCCUACUAUGAAAAACAUGGAAUCCACACAGCAGUGGAUGCUUCACAGUCUCCAGAUGUCGUUUUUGCAAGCAUCUUGGCAGCCUUCUCCAAAGCACGCAGUAAAGACCUUGUUAUAUUUCUGUGAUUGUCAAAUAGAAUGGAGUACAGUUAAUUUAUAUUAUUUUGGUGGUGAUCAACGUCAUUGAUGCGAUUGUCAAAUAUCCUUGUUCUGCAGUGAUCUCUUUUGGAAAUCUACUGAUGGAUUAAGCUUAUUGUUGCUGUCACUGCUUGCAAUCUGUGAUAACCUGCAUCUUUUACUAUUCUUUCUGAAUAAAAUUUUUUGUAAAAUAAUGAUGAAUGUUACUGAUUCCCCCCCCUCCAAAAAAAAAUCUGUUCACCUUUUUAUCAUCUUUCUGUGCAUUUCUGGCUUAAGGUAUGUUCACACGGCGGAUUUUCUGUGGAAUGUCUGCCCAUAAAAUUUCUGGCAGACAGUGGGUGCCAACAGAACAGGCUGGGGCUCAGAAGUGCGCCAUCUCGAUAGACUGCAAUUCAUUUCCAAGCGGGUUCCGCAGAAACAAUUGACAUGUCCAUUCUUUCUGUGGAGGCUGGAAUCGGAAUUUCUGCGGCAGAUGUUUCUGCUUGGAAAUGCAAUUGCAGCAAAGUCCCAUUGUUUUCAAAGCAAAUUUAUUAUUUUUUUUUUUUUUAACUAGAUUCCACUGUGUGAACGAGUCCUAACCCUGCUAUACCCUCUUUUGUGUGUGGCUGCAUUUGUUUUAUUUAUUUUGGUUUAUAUUACAAUUUUUUUUUGUC